AACAAACGUUUAGUAUGCACGAACUUUUGAAAAUGAGAAGAGUAAAGUGCUUCUUGUGCCUGAUCUUCCUCUGGUUUCCUAGUGUGACUUUAGAGAAUCUAGACAAGAACUAUGCCAUGUCCAUAUACGAUUUGGGGGAGCUGCUGAACUACAAUCAAGUGCUGGUCAACCACCUUGAGGAUUACGCGGAUAAGUUGCAGCAGAGGGUGGAUCUGAUCUCCUUUGGACCCUGCAGCUUUGUUGAGAUCACGAAAGAGAAGAUGACACAAGCCAAAGGGAUAGAUUCCGACCCUCUGUCCAGUUUUCCCCUCCUCCGACACAUGCAAUAUGAUUGGCCCAACAUUCUGUGGCAUCUAGAGCAGCGGCUGGGAGAAGCUCAAGCUACGAUUAUUAGCCUUUUACACUCCGGAUUGCCGACUGCCAAGGAUUUGGACGAAACCCUCAAUGGGUUGUACCGCAUUCAGAUGAUUUACAAUCUGAAUGGCUCUGCUAUGUCCAGGGGACUCCUCAUGGGAGUUCAGCACAAUUACUCCCUCACCCCCUUUGAGGGCUAUACCAUCGCCAAGUAUCUGGCGGAAGGAGGGGACUAUGGCGGGGCAAAAGAUUGGAUCUCUGUAGCCUUGGAUCUAUACCUGGCGGAUGGGGGGAACUGGGAUUUGUAUGAACAGCAGGGACUCUCUUCGGACAGCCUUUAUGAGCUGUACGUUGAGGUGUUAGAUAACUUGAGUGAGGACAAGGAAGUGCCUCUAGCCAUGAUGACGGAAGCCAUAAAGAGGUAUCCCGAGAAUCACAAGUUGGAACGAGCUCUCACUAGGCUGGAAAUGAGCAAUCGUAUUGGGGAAGAGCAGGAAACACAGAAACAGGAGGCGGACGACCUGAGUACCUACUUUCGAUGCUGUUCCAGAGAGUGCCGCCGAGGAUCGCGACUGUACUGCCUCUACAAUACCACAGCCAGGGCCUUCCUCCGCCUGGCGCCCUUGAAAAUGGAGCUGCUGUCCCUCGAGCCCUAUGUGGUGCUCUACCAUGACGUGCUCUCCGACAGGGAAAUGUUUGUACUAAAGUCGCUGGCAAAGAACGAUUUGGUUCGAGCUGUAACCUACAAUGAGACGGAAAAGAAGCAUUCAGAAGAUAGCCACCGCACCACUAAAGCUGGUUGGCUGAACCCUAGACACAAGAUAAUACGCAGGAUGGGAAUAUUGACAGAGGACAUGACCAACUUGGAUCUCGAAGGAUCGGAGGAGUUUCAGGUUCUCAACUACGGCAUUGGCGGCCACUAUGCCCCCCACGUGGACUACUUUGAGGUCUCCGAUCCUUACCUCCCCGACCGCAUUGCCACACUCCUGUUUUAUCUGAGUGAUGUGCCUCUGGGGGGCGCUACAUUUUUUCCCAUGAUCGACCUGUCGGUGAUUCCUAAGAAGGGAACAGUCUUGAUGUGGUACAACCUGGAUCAUAGAGGGCAGGGCAUGGAAACGACAUUUCAUUCGGCUUGCCCAGUCGUCGUCGGCUCCAGAUGGGUUAUGACCAAGUGGAUAAAUCAGCCUCCCCAACUUUUUCGACGACCCUGCCUAAGGGAGCACACUGAAAAAAAAGUAGCAUAGUAAAAAGAUGCACUCCCAUAUUUGAAUUAUGUAAACACGAGUUCUUAAAUGCAAAUAUUAAUAUUAUUUUUUAAUUAAUCAUCAUAAUCUUGCGUUGAUACUGAAAUGGAUGAUUAAAUACGAAUUGCUUAGGCAGCAACAAAAUAAAUACCAUUUAUACUGUCAUCUGUA